UUUAGUUUGCCUCCCCCUCGUUGCCUCUGUCUCCGCGGACCCGUCCGUACUCCAACAGAGCUGUUCGUCCGGCCACCCGUCUAAAUCUAAAUCUAAAUCUAGAACCUCUAGACAAUUUCCCUACUCCAUUCUUGGGCCAAGACUCCCCCCUUGCCGACGGCCAGGUUUGGGUAGAGUAGAACGAUAACGACCGAGUACCACCAUAUUUGGCUUGGUCGCGUUGGGUACGGGGAAAAGCAGUAUCCUGGAACGGGUCAGACUCGCCUAACGAGCACAGCCCCUAAAAAGCGUCUCCGGGGCUGCGCCACCCGUCAGGCAGAUUCCGAGAUCAGUCAACCUCGCCAACUUGGGAUUUCUAAAGACAGAAACAACGUACGCGCUAUGGAUCAACAAGCUGUCCAACCCGCGGGUCCGGCUCGCGGCCGCUCACCAUCCGCUGGUCAUCAGCAACCUCAUAUAAGAAAUAGUCAUUCUCCUUCGCCUCAACCAUAUCGAUCCCCGGAGCCAUCGAUCGGUCUCGGCAUUGGUAUCAACGCCGCAUCAGCAGCACCAGCAGCUAGCCCCCAAUUCACCUCCCCCGACUUCAACACCUACGAUAAUAACAGCGGCAACGCCCCAUUCUUGAGCCCGUCGCAAUCGCAGCCCUUCGAUCAGCAGGCUGUCGUCGACCAGGCCUCAUUCAACCCGAAUCAGGACUUCGCCCAAGCCCUCUCGUCGCAGCCUCAAGCCUCGUUCACCCAGGACCUCCUCGGUAUCGACUUCGGCGGCGGAAGCGACUUCUCGCUCUUUCCACCGUCCGCCCCUGGGGACCAGUUCAACACGGCGCCCUUGUUUGGCGAUCUUUCGCAACCCGAAGCGCAAGUUCUGAAUCCCAACGAUCUCACCAACAUGACAUCCCCGCAGACACACCACUCUCCCACUCCGCCCCAUCUCCUAAAGCCUGAUCCCGGCUCCGCCCACCAGUCGCCAUCCUUUAACCAGCAUCAAUUCUCCUCUCCGCCGGGCCGCCACUCUAGACAUACCUCACUCGGCCCGGAAGCGGCCCUGUUGCCGGGACAAUUUGACUGGAGCCAGGCACCUCAAUUCCAAGGCCACCGCAGGACGCCGUCUGAGUACUCUGAUGUAUCUUCGGCCGCUGCGUCCCCAAAUUUGACAGGCCGCGACAGUUUCGAGCACACGGAGCAUGGCCAUUCUCCCAUGCAACGGCCCACGGAUGGGUUCUACGACGGGGUUGUUGACUUGGGCAAUUUUAGUAUAUCGGAUCACAACCAGAACAGCCGUAGUCCGUCACACAGUCCGGCCAUAUCCCCUAGACUGCUCCCUCAGCAGUUGUCUGACGGUGGACAGCCGAGCCAGGGCGUAUUGUUAAAUGCUGGAUACCCAAACGCUCCUACGAUGAGCUACCCUAUGCAGACCUCGGAGCAAUUUCCGACUCUAUCCCAAGAGGCGCCGAUAGAUCCAACUAUCGCGCAAUCGAUGGCCCCCCCUUCGAUCAACAUCGACUUUGCCCCCAACUCGAGGCAGAAUACCUUUGAAUUGCCGAAGCCGCCCAUGGACGCGCAGUCCUUGACGCCACCCGAUAGAGGCCGCCCCCGAUCCCGUCCGCGAGCGGUCACGGAUCCGUUCAACAGCGGAGGGGCCGUCCUCUCGCGACCGAAUACCCCUGGAAGUCUAUCGCCACACCUCGGCGACGACCUAGCUAACCGUAGCCGUUCCGGAUCCGAGUCGUCUUCGCGAUCACUGUCGCCUAAUGACAGGUCCGGCAGUGCAAAUGCCGUUUCGAGGAGACGUCAGUCUAUGUCGGCAGUCCCCAACAAUGUGAUUGCGCUUCGGCUAGCAGACCCGGAGUACCAAGCUGCGCAGGACAACGGCACCACCAAGAGGGUCCAGAAGCAUCCUGCCACAUUCCAGUGUACCCUCUGCCCUAAGCGCUUUACCCGAGCGUAUAACCUAAGAUCCCAUUUGCGUACACAUACCGACGAGCGGCCUUUCGUAUGCACCGUCUGUGGGAAGGCAUUUGCGAGGCAGCACGACAGGAAACGUCACGAAGGCCUUCACUCGGGCGAAAAGAAGUUCGUCUGCAGGGGCGACCUAAAGGCGGGCGGCCAGUGGGGCUGCGGUAGACGGUUUGCCCGAGCGGAUGCACUGGGACGCCAUUUCCGAUCUGAGGCAGGCCGCAUAUGCAUCAAGCCCUUGCUGGAUGAAGAAAUGAUCGAGAGACAGAGGAUGUGGCAGGAGCAGCGGAUACAAAACAUGGCUCAAAACAUGGCUCAACAGCAAGCAGCCAUGGAUCCCACCGUCUAUCCGGGGAUGGAUGCUGGCGGCUACGCCUUACCUGCGGCUUUACUGGCGCAGUACCCGGCGCUGGCGCAGAUGAACUGGGGACAAAACGACCUCGGCAAUGUCGAAGACGAAAUCAGCGGCCGCCCCGGUUUCGACAACUCCGACUACGACGAUGGCGAGGAGACAGGCUACGUCAGCGGUCCAGGGACGGGCUUUGGCGAAGGCGGCAUGCAGCAGAAUUUUGGCGAGCACAUCGGUUACUCCAGCGAUUACGGCGGCCGGUAGUUACGCCCCGGGUUUGGAAGACUAACUGAUACUGUAUACAUCGGAGUGGACCGGCCACUUCCUCACGGUGGUAAGGGACUAAUACAUCGUGUUAGGCGAUGCUUAGCGGUUUGACUUUUUCCCAUCUAUUGCUGCCUCUUUUUCGUUCUGUGCCGAGGCGACUACCCCUUUUUAGAUAGCAUGAUAGAUACCAAAUCGGAGUUCUAUGUCUUUUCUGCGUCGGCUUUGCGAAUUGGUGGAUCGGAUCGGGUCGGAUCGGUUCACCCUUGCGCGGGCGAAUCGGGACUCUUGAUGACCUUUACUAGACGGCUGGGCUAUUAAGGAUUUUGCAGACUCUCAAGUCGGUUGGACUACAAGAUAUAUGCUAUUUUACCGCAAAUAUUAUUUCCUGGCCCAUGUAGCCAAGCCGCCAACCGUGCCUGGUUCUAGUCGCAUGUAUGUAACAGACGGCAUUGUUGAUUAUCAAUCAAUCUGGCUUUGAAAUACAGAUAUAACUAGUGAGGGUGGGGAUUAUCAUCAUGAGACAACUUCCUCUCACAACAGCGUAGUAUGGCAUAUAUUACUUAUUACAUUA